UCGUUCACCGCCACCGCGACCACCCCGAUCGCCGCCACCGCAGUCGUCGCAGACGCCGCGCUUGCAGAGAGAGCUCCUCCUUCGUCCUUCAUCGAUCGAUCGAGAGAGAAGAGGAUUCGCUUUCUGCUCGAGAUUCUGGUUCCGCUGCAAAAAGCUCCCGACUUCGAUCUCGGCCUUCCGCAAACUCCGAUCCAUCGAUCGAUCGAUCGAUCGAGAGAGAGAGAGAGAUGAGGCUGUUGUUGCUGCUGUCGAUCCUUCUCCAAUCCGCCCUCUGCGCCCACGUGCUCGCCGACAAGGUCUUGACGGCUCAAGUCGGUGGUACAUUUGGACGUAGUUCACAAGAACCUAAGUAUAAUAUUGAGUUCCAUCCGGAAGACUCUCCCUUUCAUCCGGAUGAUGAUCAGGAAUCAGUAGUUAUGCCUGGUAAAGAUGGACAGAAGUAUUUAUGUUUCUUACCCAAGGUUGAGAAAGCCAAGGGUGAAAAACCAAUUGUUCAGCAGAAUGUGACCAGUAUGAUUGUGGAGACAGAGAAACGCAUCAAAUUGAAGACACCUGAUGAGCUGCUUGAAGUACUAAAGGGGCAGUGUCUUGUACGACAAGAAGGCUGGUGGUCAUAUGAGUUCUGUUAUCACAAGAAAAUACGGCAAUUUCAUGUGGAGGAUGAUCAGGUGGUCCAGGAGUUUAUCUUAGGUAGGUACGAUUCAGAGGCUACAUCUGCUUUCAACCAGAAUCUCUCUGAUGUCUCGACAUUGAAGGAUCCCCGAUCGAAAGAUGCUUCACAGAGGUAUCAUGCUCAUCUGUACACCAACGGGACUACAUGUGAUCUUACAAAUGAGCCUCGUGAGACUGAGGUGAGAUUUGUAUGCUCAGAGCCUAGAGCUAUGAUUACUUCCUUCACAGAGUUGUCCACAUGCAAAUACGCUCUCACAAUUCAAAGCCCAAUGCUCUGCAAGCAUCCAUUGUUCCAAGAGGAGAGACCUGUAUGGCACACCAUCAAUUGUAAUGUGCUUCAUAAAGAUCAGAAGGAAAAGAAACCAGAAAAGGUAAAAAUUGACGAUGAUGGGAUUAUCAUGGUUACAGAAGACAAAGUUUCAGUGGCUGAUGAUACAGAAGGAUGAGCAACAAAAUAUCCACACACGAAGUAAAUAUUUUAUGGGAAGGAGCUUCUCUGAUUUGCUGAUGUUGUAAGGAUUUUCUAGUGCUUCAAACUAUCUAUGACCAGCGCUUGUGCUUGCAGAAAGCUUCUUCAUACAGAUGGAUUUUUCUUUUUUUUCUUUUUUUUUUUGGUUGGAAUACCACCAUUCGAGAUGCUCAUCUCCUUUUAAGGAACAGUAGGAGUAGGUAUACAGGAAGCUCCAGGUUAACACAUCGGAGUUGCACUUGUGGAACUGAUCCCUAGCUUAAAGUGUUCCUCAAGCAAAAUUAUGUUUAAACAAAGCAUGCCUAAGUAAAUGUACUACCACUAGGUCUAGUCCUAGUGAGAGAUGGUUGGCCCGUUGUUGUAAAUCUCUAACUACUCGUCUUAGCAUGCGUGAUUAAGGAAUCUCUAUAUCUACUGAAGCUUGCCUGGAAGUUUAUUUA